UUCAUCUUUCUAGUUAAUUAAUUAAUUAAGCUCAUAAUUAGUAAUGGCUCUUCUUCAACUUCAUCAUUAUCUCUUUUCUUCAAUCUUUCUUCUGAUUAUUUCUCUUCAACUACAUGGUUGUUAUUGUUUCAACCCUAAACUUCUAAACGUGUCUAAAUAUUAUCAAGACUCCAAUUCUAAUUGGUCUCCUGCCGGUGCCACGUGGUACGGAACUCCUAAUGGUGCCGGAAGCAGUGGUGGUGCAUGUGGGUAUACAAGUACGGUGGAAAGACCUCCGUAUUCAGGCAUGGUAUCAUCUGCUGGACCCUCAAUCUAUCAGUUUGGUGAUGGAUGUGGAGUUUGCUAUGAGGUAAAAUGUGUUGCAAAUGAAGCAUGUUCGGGAAAACCAGUGACUGUGACGAUAACGGACGAAUGUCCGGGUUGCCCCUCCGACGAACCUCAUUUUGAUUUAAGUGGAACAUCUUUCGGAGCCAUGGCUAAACCUGGCCGUGCUGGAAAACUACGUGAUGCUGGUGUUCUUAACAUCCAGUACAAGAAGGUAAAGUGCAACUAUCAUGGAGUAACAGUGGAGGUAAGAGUAGACGCGGGUUCGAACCCUUACUACUUUGCAUCAACAAUUGAGUACACAGAUGGAUUGGGAAUAGAAAGUGUGAAGUUAAAGGAGCGAUCUGGUGAAUGGGUGUCCUUGAAACAAUCAUGGGGUGCAGUUUGGGAGCUGAAUGCUGAAAAUGUUCUUCAACCUCCUUUGUCUUUGCAAUUAAUUGAAGCUCAAUCUGGAGACACCCUUAUCCUCAAUAAUGUCAUCCCUAAGGGUUGGAAUCCUGGUCAAACAUACCGUUCUCAUGUUAAUUUUGAUAACUAACUAAUUAAUUAAAGUAACCAAACAUUACGAAUUAGGAAACUCUUCAAUUCGUAUUAGGGUUACACUUAAUUUGUCGUUGAUGAAACGUGUGUUUUCCCUGCUUAUAAUAGGUGGCUAAUAGUAUUAGUGUGUAUCCUUAUAUGUAACUAGGGAUGAUAGGUUGUGGAAUGUGAAUUGUUCCCCCCAUCCCUUAAUAUGUUUACCUCGUCUUAAUAUAAUGUUAACUUCUUUGUUUACUUUUCCUUA